GGCAGAACGAGAUAACACCUUUAUUGUUUUUACUUGGUUACUCUUAUGGCCUAUGACAAAAUUUGUUUAAAAAACGUCUUUGCGUGUUUUUGCCAAAAAAUUGCGACGAAAAUACAAAAUGUGAAUUGUUGUUUUUUGUCGUUCUAAACGCUUGGGCCAAUUAAUAAGUUGUUGUUCAGUAAUACUAUUUCGUAUAUUGUUUUAUUAGACAUUUUAAAACUGCAAGAUGUCUGGUGAAUAUCGUUACGUUUGGCGCAUUGCCUUUAGAAAUUUUAUUAAUUCUUUGAGACCACGUCAAAUUCGCGGAAAUGCAAUGGGCACUGAUUAUAUAGGGAAUAAAUAUUUUGAAAUCCCAGCGGAACCUAGUUUGGGUAAGAGAAAGCCAACUAGAUGGUAUGAUCCACCAAAAGGUUUAGAUUUCGAAAAUAAGAUUCCUUCUGAGUGGGAGGCAUGGCUCCGGAUGAGGAGAGAUAAUGCACCCACAGAAGAGGAAAUUGCACAAAAUAUGGCAAUGGCAAAGAUGAAGAAGGAAAAUGCAGCCAAGCUAGAAGCAAAGAGGUUGGCAGAGGGUGGAGACUUGCCUGUUGCUCCAGAAAGAGGCCAUUUAUCCUUCCCCAAGUAUGAGGAAUACCAUGCAGGAGAUCCUGAGGGUAAAAGAUUUAAGGAAUGAAACACAAUCUUAAUAGUAAUAUAUUAGAAUAACUGUGCUGUGUGUAGUCAACUAUAAUUGUAAUACUGAAAUAAACUUAAAUCACGGGUGAAUAGGCAUUUUCUGGGUAAGCUCGUUCCAACGUCGAUCUCUUCUUCUUGUAGAAGAACGAAGUCAAGAGCAAACCCAUCUUAAUUAAAAAAAAAAAAAACUAGUUUAUCAUGCAUUGUAUGUACCUC